CUGGCAUCUGAUCUGACCAAUGAGCUUGGAGAUCGUACUGUCGUCGCCUGCUCAGUAGCGAGCGGCUUUACUGUCGACUCCAACCCAGCUGCUUCAGAUGAGGCUCUUCGUCGGAAAUAAAAUGCGGUGGAAUCAGGCCCUGGUCACCAGCCUGGUGCUGCUGGUCAGUGUGGAGUCAGUUCCCAUCAGUAUGGACAAGACCAAGAUCAAGCCGCCGGAGAAGAUCGCCGUCGAGCCUCCAGCCAGUGUGGACACUGGCCUGCACUACGACCGCUACCUCAGGGAAGUCAUUGACUUUCUAGAAAAAGAUCAGCAUUUUCGAGAAAAGCUCCACAACACUGACAUGGAGGACAUCAAGCAAGGGAAGCUGGCGAAGGAGCUGGACUUUGUGAGUCACCACGUCAGGACAAAGCUGGACGAGCUGAAGAGGCAGGAAGUGAAUCGACUACGCACGUUGAUAAAAGCCAAGCAAGACAUCGAAGGAGGAAACGAUAUUGCAGUGGACCACCAGGCUCUGCUCAAACAGUUUGAGUAUCUGAAUCACAUGAACCCGCACACAUUUGAGGUAGAGGACCUGGAUCGACUGAUAAAAUCGGCCACAAAUGACCUGGAGAACUUCGACAAAGAGCGACACGAGGAGUUCAAAAAGUAUGAGAUGAUGAAAGAGCACGACAGAAGGGUCCACCUCAAGUCCCUGGACGAAGCCGAGCGUAAAAAGGAGGAGGAGCACUACGAGGAGAUGAGGAAGAAACACGCCGAUCACCCCAAAGUCAACCACCCGGGCAGUCAGAACCAACUGAAGGAGGUGUGGGAGGAAACCGACGGCUUGGACCCCGAGGAUUUUGAUCCCAAAACCUUCUUCAACCUCCACGACAGUAACGGCGACGGCUUCUUUGACGAGCAGGAACUGGAGUCGCUCUUCACCAAAGAGCUUGAGAAGAUCUACGACCCCACCAACGAGGAGGACGAUAUGGUGGAGAUGGAGGAAGAGCGGCUGCGCAUGAGGGAGCAUGUCAUGAACGAGGUGGAUACGAACCACGACAGACUGGUGUCUCUGGACGAGUUCCUGGUUGCCACUAAGAAAAAGGAGUUCCUGGAGCCUGACAGUUGGGAGACACUCGAGCAGAACCAGCUGUACACCGAUGAGGAGAUGAGGGAGUUUGAGGAGCACCUCGCUCAGCAAGAAGAGGAUCUUAACCAGAAGACUGUUGACCUCCAGAAGCAGAGAGAGGAGCUGGAGAGACAGCAGGAGCAGCUGAACGCCCAGAAGAUCGAGCUGCAGCAGGCGGUUGAGCACAUGGAAAAACUAAAAUUCCAGAAAGAUGUUCCCGAGGUUCACGUGGAAGGAAACGCAGUUCCAGAGUCACAAGCACAUGAGUUGCAUCAGGACCCAGCGGCGCUGCCAGCAGAACAUCACCAGCCUCCAGACCAGGCCCCUCAAGAGCAGCUGCAGGAGCACCAUCAACAGCAGAAGCAGGACCUUCCCCAGCAGACACACCAGUUUGUGCAGCAAGGGCAAGAGGUCCUGCAGAAUAAUGUGCUUUAGAAAACACUUCAAGGACCCUCAGACUGUUUCAAAAGUCCCCGAGGACCAGUCUCUCCAGGGCGCCCGGCCCGCUUUCACGAGCCAACCCAGGGCUCUGCAGGACUCUUUGGGAGUCGGACAAAAUGAACAAUCCCGGUGUUAUAAUUUGAAACCAUGACAAAAAAUAAUUUUAAAACUA